CUGCAGUAAUUAUUUGUAUGUAUAUCUGAGCGCCAUUGCUUUUUACCGAUGUAAUGUUGAAAUGAUUUUAAUCUAUUUUCAUCGGCAUAUUUGUGUGAUGUUUUAGCAAAACAUUGAAGUGAUUGUGUACUAAAACUAUCGAACUUCUUAAAGUUUUGUGCUGGGCUUUGUCAUGGCCGGUAAGUGGUGACUUUUAGCGCCCGCUAGUCAAGGGCGAAAUUGGAUUUGGGAAUCGCAAUAUUUCGAAGAUGUUUUAUCGUUCGAACUCUGACGGCAAUGGUGGGGAGACCACAUGGUGUUUCAGUCAGGUGAAGGGCACGUUGGAGGAUGACGUGACCGAGGCCGACCUGAUAUCGUGUGUCGAGUUCAACCAUGACGGUGAACUGUUGGCCACUGGGGACAAGGGCGGGCGAGUCGUCAUAUUUCAGAGAGACCCAGCAUCCAAGCAAUGCGUACCAAAGAAAGGCGAGUACAACGUGUACUCGACGUUCCAGUCACACGAGCCGGAGUUCGACUACCUCAAGUCGCUGGAGAUUGAGGAGAAAAUCAACAAGAUCAGGUGGUUGAAGAAGAAGAACCAAGCCCACUUCCUACUCUCCACCAAUGACAAGACUAUCAAAUUGUGGAAGGUGUCAGAGCGUGACAAGCGCGUGACAGGGUACAACACACGCGAGGAGGGCGGCCGGCCGCGGGACCCGACGCGCAUCACGCAGCUGCGAGUGCCCACGGUGCGCCCCGCCGAGCUGAUGGUCGAGGCAUCGCCCAGACGGAUAUUCGCGAACGCGCACACAUACCACAUAAACUCUAUCUCGCUGAACUCUGACCAGGAGACUUACCUGUCGGCGGACGACCUCCGCAUCAACCUCUGGCAUCUGGAGAUCACGGACCAGAGCUUCAAUAUUGUGGACAUCAAGCCCGCCAAUAUGGAGGAACUCACAGAGGUUAUAACCGCAGCUGAGUUCCAUCCGACUGAAUGCAAUCUCUUUGUAUAUUCUAGUAGUAAAGGCACGAUACGGCUAUGCGACAUGCGAGCGGCGGCGCUGUGCGACAGACACGCCAAGUUGUUCGAAGAGCCUGAGGAUCCGCACGCGCGUUCCUUCUUCUCAGAGAUCAUUAGCUCCAUCAGCGACGUCAAGCUCAGCAACGAGGGCAGAUAUAUGAUGUCACGAGAUUAUUUAGGUUUAAAAGUAUGGGAUCUUAGAAUGGAAACAAAACCAGUAGAAACAUAUCCAGUACACGAGUACCUCCGGUCGAAGCUGUGCUCGCUGUACGAGAACGACUGCAUCUUCGACAAGUUCGAGUGCUGCUGGAGCGGCGACGACCAGCGGCUCAUGACCGGCUCAUACAACGGCUUCUUCAGGGUGUUUGAACGCGGCGCGGGCGGCGGACGGCGCGGCGAGCUGACGCUGGAGGCGGCACGCGACGCGGCCGCGCGGCCCCGGCAACCGCUGCGCGCGCGCCGCGUCGCCGCCACCGCCAAGAGGAAGAAGGACGAAAUAAGCGUGGACUGUUUGGACUUCAACAAAAAGAUCCUGCACACAGCGUGGCACCCUCACGAAAGUAUCAUCGCGGUGGCAGCCACCAACAACCUCUUCAUAUUCCAGGACAAGUUCUAGCAGGGAACGCUGUCUGAUCACUGCCUUUGCUCAGCCAUACUGGCGGGGAUCACGUUUCUCGAGCGGUAAAUAUGUCAACGUGAAAUUUUGAACUCUGUCAGUUUAUAAUAUAACGCGUUAGAUUGUAAACUAACAGUGGAUUAGGU